GAGGGUGGGGUGGACUUUGAGCGAUCAAACCGCUGUCUGUGCCUCCCUGUCUUUUGAAAGAGCCCAGCUGUGGGUAUAAAAGCCCUGCGCUGAAGCUGAGAAAUCAGUCUCAUCUGAGUACUCGCAAGACCCAAGGGAGAGAGCUUCAACGAACCCAUCAUGGGGGACUCAAAGCUCUGCCUUUUGCUGCUCCUUAGUACAUCUGCUUUGGCUUUUGCCCAAGAUGAAGAUCAGCCAUCCUGCCUGUUGGCCAAAAGGUACAAGACCCUGCACACGUAUGAAUACCAGUAUGAGGCUGAAUCUCUGAAUGCCAUCAACGGAGCUUCACAGCUCAAGAACGGACCCAAGGCCUCUUGCAUGGUUCAAAUCGAAGUGCCUCAGACUUGCAGUUACAUCGUCCGCACCACUGGCUGUAGCCUGAGUGAGGUAGUCAACAUGGACGCAGAGGGCAACCCUGUGUUCGGACCUACACCCAGCUCUGACGCCUUUGCUGCUGAAAUGGAGAAGUAUCCUCUGAAGGUUGUGGUUGAGGGUGUCUACGAUGUGAAACUGUACCCUGAGGAUGGUGAGACAACAACUAUCUUGAACGUCAAGAGGGGUAUCAUCUCUGCCCUGGCCGUUCCUCUGGUAGAAGAAGACAAGAACAAGAACAUGCCCACUAUCCACGGCAACUGCAAGACCUAUUACACUGUCAACGCUAGAGAGGAAAUUGCAACUGACAUCACGCUGAACAGGGAUCUGUCCAGAUGCGACAAAUUUGUCCCAAUGAAAGACAACACCAGCCCCCUGGCACUUUUCUCUGGCAUGCACUAUCCUCUUGCUCAGCUGGUCAGAAGCUCCCAGACCUGCAACUACAAGUUCGACAAUGAGAAGAAACACAUGACCUCUGGGUCCUGCACUGAGAACCACAUCCUCAUCCCCUUCUCACACAAGGGCGAAUAUGGAGUAACCAAUGUUGGAAAGCAAGAGCUGACUUUGGUUCAGGUUUCUCCUCACAACGACAGAGUCUUCGACCGCAGUGACAUUGUCAAGGGUCUUCACAUGGAGACUGUGGAGGACAAGAGUGUUGUCCAGGAUAAAGAUGCAGGUCUGAACCUGCUGAGAGAACUGGCCAAUCUGCCCGAGACCGAGGGUGAGAGGAGGGCACACCUCUUCCACAAGCUUGUCACUAUGGUCCGUGGAAUGAAGGCUGAGACCCUCACUCCCGCCAUUCCUGAGGCUAUUGCCGUGUCCCGUGUCCUGACCUACCAGGUUCUGGCCCAGUGUGGAACUCCUGAGUGCAGCAGCGCAAUCAUGCAGAUCCUCAGGACCUUAGAUAGCUCUUCAGUCGAGGUUGAUGCCGCUGUGUUUGCUUUGGGACUCAUGUCCAAUCCGUCUGACCUCCUGAUCAACGACAUGCUCGAGAUGGCAAAAUACAAGACCAGCAAACCCAUCAUGUAUGCCCUGAGCAAUGUUGUCAAGAGGUUUUACAAAGCUGAAGGAAAACUGACCCCUGAGAUUUACUCUGUUGCUGAGUUCAUGGCUGCUCAGUUGGGUGACUGCUCUGGUGACAAGGACAACACUUUCAUGUUGUUGAGGGUUAUUGGAAAUAUGGCUCCAGCUAUGUCUCCUGCUAGUCCUGCACUAAGAGCCGCUGUGAUGCAGUGCAUCAACCAACCUGCAGCUUCCCUGGCUGUGCAGCAGGCUGCCAUCCAAGUGUUCAGGCUGAUUCCCGUCCCUGAGGAGGGCAGAGAGAUUCUCAUGCAGGUGCUUUUGGACAGUGCCAGCCCCAUGCAAAAGCGUGUCGCUGCAUAUUUGGUACUUAUGAAGAACCCCCAGCCCAGUGAACUGGUCCAGCUGGCUGAUGCCUUGCCCAUUGAGCAGGACAAACAAGUCAAGAGCUUUGUUGUCUCCCACAUCACCAACAUUUUGUCCUCAACUGAGCCUGAGACCCAAGAACUGAGACAGAAGAUUCUUGAUGCCCUGCAGGGUAAUGAGGUUGGGCCCAUAAUGGACCCCACCAAGUUCUCUCGCAAUUACAAGAUCGGAUCUGUGGAGGGCAACAUGAUCUUUGAGGGUAGCAGCUAUCUGCCUAAGGAAGUCAUGCUUGAAAUGACUCUCAAGGCCUUUGGCUAUGAAAUUGACAUGAUGGAGAUUGGUAUGGAGGGCAAAGGGUUUGAGCCAACUGUUGAAGCCUUGUUUGGAGAGAACGGAUUCUUCCCUGACACUGCCCUGAAGACAAUGUACUUUGUCUCUGACAACAUGCCAUUAAGACUCAAUGAGAUUAUGCAGACCAUGCUGCCUGCUCUGAAGAAGGACAGGAUGAAGAGACAGGCCACCCAAAACUUGAUGAGGGAGAUUGGACGCAACCUCAACAAGCUGGUGACAGAACUGAAGAGUGCACAGUCUCCUGAGGCGAUGGUUUAUCUGAGACUUCUGGGAAAUGAGUUGGGAUAUAUGAAGACCAAUGAAAUGGAGGAGAUGGCCUACUCUGCUGCCAUGAUGAUUGACAGCAUGUUGAAGAUGUUCCCAAGUGAUCUAAUGAAGGCUUUGAUGACUAAGGCGGACAAUACAAUCUUUGCCCACUACAUCUUCAUGGAUAAUGAAUUCUUCCUGCCUACUCUAACUGGCGUGCCUCUGAGGAUUGCACUGUCUGGUACUUUCACCCCUGGUAUCAAGGGUGGACUUAAGAUGGCUCGUGACAUGAGCGAAGUUACCGUCAUGCCCUCCGCUGGCAUUGAGUUUGUAACUCAAGUUGGCUGCCACAUCCCUGAAUUUGUCAACUCUGGAUUAGAGAUGCACACCAACAUUUUCCAUGAGAGUGGGCUCAGUGCUAAGAUCUCCAUGGGACGUGACUUAGUCAAACUGACCAUCCCUGCACCAAUGAGUCCCACAAAGCUGAUCAAAAUGACAAACACUCUGGUGGCAGUGACUGGAUCUGAGGUGAAGACAAUCCCCCCCAUGGUUAUGGACAAGGUUGAUGUUAAUGAGUGCACUCCCUUCUUUGCUGGAAUGAAAUAUUGCACAGCUUUGCAGUACACUGAUGCUUUCUCUCAAGAGACAGCCCCCUACUUCCCCUUCACUGGAGACAGCAAAUUUGCUGUGGAGCUCCACCCUACUGGUGAAGUUACUGAGUACACAGCCACUCUUGCCUACGAGCUCCUCAGGGAGGGAGAAGAGGGCAGGCAGAAAGUUGAUUCUGUGAAGUUGAUUCUGAGGGCUGAAGGUGCAGACGCCACUGAAGCAAGAGCAUUAAUGAAGUACAACAGACGGAAGAAUGUCAUCACAGCUGACCUACAGAUCCCUGACUACGAUGUAGAGGCUGGACUCAGGCUGGGCGUUAUUGAUGGAAACACCAAGGGCAAAGGAACUCACUCAAUCUCUCUGGACUUUGUAAACAAGAACAUCCCUCAGCUCUCCCUGGUUGGCCGUGCCAAUUUGAAGGCCAUGAAGGAAGGUAUGCUGCAAGUCCAGCUUCUUGUGCCCUCAAUCAAUACUGAUGCCACUGUCACAGCUAACAUGAAGCGUGACGAAGAAAUUGAAAUGGAGCUUAAGAGUGAAAUCAAGUUCAUGGACGCCACCUCAGAGCAGAAAAUCGCAAUGAAAUAUGAUGCCAGCAAGGUUGAGGUUGCAUUCAAGUCAGAUGUGAACACUGAGACCACCAUCUUGCCAAAUGCUGAUUUGUUUGAGAAGUAUGGCAACCAACUGCUUGACACACAGGUGGGACAGACAGACAUGAGAGUCCGUCACAUCUUCAAGAAUUUUGUAGAGGCAGCAAACAACUACAUGGACAAAUAUGGUGCUGACAUCCCUUACAUCCAGGAUUUCAGAGUACCUGAUAUGCCUGUAAUUUCCCUGCCAGACACAUUGUUCAUGAAUACUGAGGCGAAGGCUGUUUACUACUUCAACAAUGAGCGCUUCACCAUUUCUAUCCCUCUCCCUCUCGGAGGAAAGUCAACAGGGGAGCUUAACUUCCCACCAGUUUUGACCACACCUAGCGUGUCUUUGCCCCAAUUUGGCCUGGAGAUCGUCUCCAUGGAGAUCCCCCUCCCAGAGCUGGUUGUGCCUGAGAGUCUUACUCUGUCUAUUCCUCUUUUUGGCAAAGCUGAGGUUUCAACUCUGAUGAGAAGCAACUUGUACGACGCAGAGGCCUCAAUUACUGCUGGCAAAGAUGUUGUAGAUACACCAAGCUACUCUGCAAAGUUUGAUGUGAAAGGAACCUCCCCAAUUGACAUCCUGUCGAUACAGAUUGAAGGUUCAGGAAAGUUGGUGACAACUGAUUCCUUAGAGGCCCACUUGAAAAGCUCUUUGAUCCAUAAAUUCAUUGAAGCCAGUGUUAGUAUCACUGAAGAUGCGACCUUCACCGACAAAAUCUAUUUGAGAUCAAGCAGCAAGAUUGAAGCCACAAGUCCAUUUGGUCUCAAUUUGGAACUAAAGCACACAGGCAUGGCUGGAUUCAACACUGAAGAAAUCUCUGCUGACAGCAACUUUGAGGGAAUGUUCAAGGCAGGACCCAUGUACGGCAAAACCAUUUCCACGCAGUCAUUCACAAUCUUCCCAUUCAGGCCAGAGGCAAAGCUUGAUUCUACUGUCCAGUUGGACUCCACAAUUGUCAACGCCAAGAACACAAUGACAGCAUCCCUUGCCAAUGGUGAAUUCUCUGUUGUCUUUAACUCCAAUGCCUUUGAAAACAUCUUCACACAUGUUGGUGAGCUUUCCUUCAAAGACAGCAAGCUGUCACUGAAAUGUGAUGCAAAUGCCCUUGCUCUUGGCAUGAAGAUCCGCAAUCAGGCUGAAGCCUCUGCUGGUGCCGGAGAAGUCGUCAUUAGGAUGGAGACAAACGCAGACCACACUGAAAAUCGUGUUUACUCUCUGCUGACUGCCACUCUUGAUGUCAAUGGUCUGGCUGUAAACAGUGAUGCCUCCUUGAAACUACUUGAAAAUGAGGCUAUUCACAAGGCUACUCUGAAGAUGAACAAGGACGGUUUGACAACAAGUGGAACAACCACCCUUCAGAGCCCCCUGUCCCUAGAAAACACCUUCAAUGCAGGGCUUGAUGCUUCCAGCGCUUCUUUAUCUAUUACCAACAAGGCUGCAAUGCGUGACAUCAAAGUUGACAAUGACAACACUCUCACCAUUACUCUUUCUAGCCUUGACUUCAACUCAAAGGCUGAAGCUACAGUAAGUGAGUACGCCUCUUACACUCAUGAUAUCAUCAUCAACCUGAAACCAUACACUGCCUCUGCAAAUCUUAAUAACAACCUGAAUGUUCUGGCUGCCAAAUUUGUUAAUGAGGCUCAGCUGCAGGCAGAGUUGUACAAGAUGGACUUGACUGGAAGCAUGACAGCCACCUAUGGUGAGGAAGAAAUCAAGCACACCUAUCAGGUAAAUUAUGCUGAUAUGACUGCUCUUGCAAAGUCCAGCGCCACUGGAAAAAUCUUUGGAACUCACAUUAAACAAAAUACUGAUCUUGAAGUUGUCGGCCUUGCUGCCAGGAUCUCCAAUGAUGCCCGUUUCAACUCACAGCCAAUGCGCUUUGAUCACACCAUUCGCUGCAGCAUUGUUCCUUUUGAUUUCAACCUUGAUGCCAUCUUUAAUGGUGAUGGAGACAUGGACCUGUAUGGAAAGCACAGUGCCCAGCUCUAUGGGAAGGUCCUCCUUAAAGCUCAACCCCUGGCUUUUGCUAGCUCACAUGAAUGCAGAGCUUCAGUAACCCAACGGCUAGAUAGCGGUUUAUCCUUUGAGACCACAUUUGACAACAACAUGGUUACUGUUCUGUCACCCCAAGAGCAGACGACAAGUUUAAGAAUGAAAUCUAAAAUGAAUGAGCAUGUCUUCAAUCAAGACAUGAGUGUUUACAAUACUGCUGAGAGAACUGGAAUUGAGGUUUCUGGUACCAUUCUCACAAACUUCCUCAACAUAGACUCCCUAGACAACCAGGAAUUUGCCAUCUCUGGCUUCCUCAAGUAUGACAAGAACACGGACAGUCAUAUCAUUCAGAUCCCUCUAUUUAACAAUCUGCCUGUCUUCUUGGAAAGUGUCAAGGGCUUUGUUGUGUAUAUUGCUGAGGCAGUGCAAGACUACAUCAACAAUGAGGAGAUAAGGGCUAAACUUGAGGCUCUUCCCCAGUAUGUGAGUGACAUUGUUUCUCAACUGAAUAUAGAAGGCAAGGCAAAUCAACUAAAGCAGUAUUUCAGUGAUUUUACCCAAGAAUAUGCAAUUUCCAUGGAGGAUGUGGAGGCCUGUAUGCGAAACAUGAAGGUUACUUUUGAAAAACUGCUGGCCAAUCUCACAGUUUACAUCCAGCACUUUGCUGGUAUGAUGAAGGAGAUUAUCAGUGGUAACUUCCCUGAAACCCUCAUUCAGAAUAUCCAGGAACAGCUGAAUGCCUUUAAUGAAGAAUAUGACAUCAAGGCUAUGGUUGUGUAUGUGAUUGACACCAUAAUGGAGAUGGUCCAGCAGAUUGACUUGGAAAAAGUGAAGGGCAGCAGCAUCGCCAUCCUGCAUGACAUUGAUGCUAAGUAUGAAAUCAAGGCUAACCUACAGACAAUAAUGGGAUAUAUUAAACAAAUAAUUGAGACCUUUGACCUUCAGAAAUGUAUUGCAAAAGUGAAGUCGUACAUUUCAAAUAUCAACUUCAAGGCUGACAUUGAGAAACUUGUUAGUCAGAUUCCUACUGAGAUUCUCAGCGAUAUAACAGAUUAUAUUCGGAAAACGAUCCUAGACCUUGACAUCGUGGGUAAGAUCAACACUUUCUAUACCAAGAUGAGAGAGUUGGCUGUAAAGUUUGAGGCUGACAAAAAGCUUCAAGCUAUCUUGGAAAAGGCUGUGGAGCUGAUCAAGCAGUUCAGAAUUGAGGAAACCACCAGAGCUGUUGUCAAAAUGGUGAAGGAUGCAGACAUACCUACCAAAUUCAUGCAAAUCUUCCAGGAUGCUAUCAACUACUUGAAAUCAACUGAGGUCAAAGAUAUGAUUCAACAGCUAAAUAUUUAUAUUGAAACUAUCGUGCAAAAGCUGAACUCAUUGAAUUACAAUGACUUUGUGGAUUCUGCCAAUCAAAUUAUUGCUCAGUACACCGCUUACCUGAAUGAGCUAAUUACAACUCUUGAAAUCCCUCAGAAACUUGCAACAACAAGAGAUUUUGUCAAUCUUGCAUUGUCCUCUGUCACGGGCUUAAUGGAACGCCUGAGAGAAAUCAAAAUUGCAGAGAUGAUUAAAUCAGUCAAGGAUACCAUUGAUGAGCUUGUGCUGGAUAACCUUAAGAGAUGUGCUGAAUUUGUCAAAGAGACAAUUAUGAAUCUGGACGUCAAAGCAGAGAUUGCCUCUUAUUUGGACUCUGUGAAGGAGUACUACACAACGGUCAUAACCUUGAUCACUGAUAUAUUCUUCAACAUGUUUGAGGUGAUUAAAAGGGUGGCACCUGAGCAAAAAUUCAUCAUCGAGAUUCAGCAGAUCAUUGAUGGCCUAAUCACAGAACUGAAAAAGGCUGAGAUGGUCACACCAUCCUUCACUGUUCCUCUCACUGAUCUUGUUGUGCCUUCCAUGGUGUUCAGCAUGGAGAAGCUUGAACAGUUUGAAAUCCCAACAGAAAUGGACAUACCUGAAUUCAUCAUCCUGGGCUUCCAAAACGUAAAGGCCACCAAGAUUUCUCUUGAUGACAUCAAACAGAGAAUCAUUGAACUUAUUGAUAUGAUUGUAAACUUUGACAUCAAAAUCCCUGAUGUGGAUGCUUUCUUUGGGGAUCUGACAAUGAGCUACCUCCCGUUCAUGCCUGAACUAACUUUACCAGAAAUCACUCUUCCUGAGAUGUCAUUUCCUCCCAUCCCACAAGUUCCUGUAGAAAAACUUGUCAAGUCCCUUCAGGUUCCUGAGAUCAAGCUGCCAACCAUUCCCAGUGAGAUUAUGGUCCCAUGCUUUGGUAAAAUCUAUGGUGAGAUCAAAUUUAUCACUCCUAUCUACACCAUCAAGACUUCUGCUGAGUUCCAGAACUCCACUGAGACUCCAAUGUCACCUCAGUUCUCUGGAUUCAUCACCUCCCAGGCCACAUCUCCAAGUUUUGAAAUUCUUAAUUUCAAACUUGACUCUACUGCCCAGAUUGCAAUCCCAAAAAUGAGUCGUGUUGUCAUAGCUGAGACUCUGAAAUUCAACCAUCUUGCUCUUGGAGUUGAACAUCUGGCAUCUGUAUCACUCUAUGGCCUUUCAGGCCAGGCCCAAGCCAAGACUACAGUUAAGGUUGCCACUACACCUUACACUGCUGAAUUUAUGAACACAGCAUUUAUUGCUAUGGAAAAAGGAAUGUCUGCCUCUCUCGAUACAACGUAUACUCAUGCACUGAACUUCCCAAUUUUCAAUGUGAUAAGUGAAGCCACUGUAAUCCAGAAAUCCAUUGCUCGCCAAAACGGUCUCACUCUCAGUCUAACAGUUGACAAUUCAGGCACUGGCAAAGUUAAUGCUGCUGAUGGCAAACACAACAGCAACUUUAAAUUGUCACUUACUCCCAAUAUCAUCACUUUAACUUUCUCUGGGGACACAGACUCUGCCAUCUACAAGAUGAAACAACAAAUUGCUGCUGAAAUUGGCACCCUUACCUCCUUCAAGUUCAAUGUCCGCAAUGAAGCAGAGGCACCUUUCAUUAAGAACAGUCUUCUUGUGGCAUCUGGAUAUGCCAACCUUUACGAUAUGAAGGUUGAGCUGAAAGCAAACCAUGACACAGAACUGGUUGGCGCAGUCAGUGGUGUCCUGUCCAAUGGAGUCACCUUUGGAGCUCAUCCUUUUGAGUUAGUCUUUGAAUUCCAAAACAAAGGAAAUGCCAAGGUCAACAUUUUUGAAAUUCUGACAGCUAAGAUAGAUCUGCAGAAUGACUACUCAGCUACAUUCAAACUUGACAGCCAACAGAUGAACACAGUAGCUCUGGCUCGCAUUAAUCAGUACAAAAUGUUUUACAACUUCACUCUCAACAAUGAUGAAAAGGAAGCUGGCAUCUUUGUUGCCACAGAAGGUGAGGCCAAUCUUGACUUCCUGACCUCCCCCAUCAGCAUUCCUGAGCUAGAUCUGCCUUUUGUUGACUUCCGCACUCCAGCUAUCAGUGAUCUCAACUUGUACGAGCAGACUGGUUUAGAGAACAUUUUGACUACCACUGAGCAGACUAUUAAUGUAGAUGCCAAGAUUGUUUACCAGAAAAGGCAAAAUUCCCCACUAGUUGAUAUGAUGGGUCUGAUCCAGAUUCCCAGUCUGGGUAACCUGAUAACAGAACUGUCCUUCAAGUCUGGUAUCAUCAAUCUGAAUGUCAAUGCUGGACUGUAUGCUGAAGAUGAUCUUGUUUUCCGUCUGGGAGCUACCACAAUCUCUGUGUUUGAGGCUCUACAAGCCAAACUUGAUGGCACCACCAGUCUGACCACCAAGAGAGGAAUCAAGUUGGCCAACUCCUUAUCCCUUGAAAAUCGUCAUAUUGAAGGUACUCAUGACAGCUCUAUCACUAUGAAUACUGAGACUUUUGAACCUGCAGUCUCUGUGGCUACUGUUGCAAAGAUUUCCCUGCCUAUACUCAACCUGGACGCAAACCAAAAUCUGGCUGCAGACACCAAAACCAAAGCAAAUGCAGUCUCCACCUUCAGGAUGAAGGCUGAUUUCGACAUCCCCAUGAUCAAGGCUGUUGGAAAGGCCGAGGCUGAACAAAAUCUGAAGCUGGAUGGAACCUUUGAAUAUAUUUCCAUGGAGUCUUCCACCAGAGCAAACAUGGAUGGCACAGUUCUUGAGGAUUAUCUCGUUGUAGGAGUCCUUGAUAAUGAGGUUAAUCUGUACCUUAAUAAUGAUGGUCUACGCUCCACCUCCAAGAUUAUUGCUGAUGCCAAACUCAACUAUGGCACCAAUAAACUCAUUGGCCUGGAUGUAAAUGAAAAUCUUGCUGUUGAAGCCUCCCUGAGCCGUGUGUAUGCAGUACUGAAGUAUACUGGCAACAAUGAGGCAAACCUGUUCAAUUUCAACACCAAAGGGAAGCACAUCGUCCAAGCAACCAUUGACUUUGUACCGAUGUCUACUCUGACUUCUGAUAUUGAGAUUGAUAUCUCUCAACCCAGCAGUCUGGGUCAACUGAUGAUCUUUGAGAAAGCUGUUGCUCAAGUGACACUUGCCCAGCAGAAGAUCUCAACAAACACAAAGUUUAUGAGCCCGCUGUACAGCACAAACCUGGUAGUAGAGGUUGAAGGCAAUGCUCCUGUCUUCAAAGUCACCCUGAAGUCCUCUGCCACCUCUGUGAUUGUAUUUUUGGAAUAUGACCUGGAUGCGUCCAGUAUUGCAACCUUUGAGAAUGAAGCUCUGAACAUGAUUAGCAAGGCUGUUCUGACACAUAGUGACCUGAACAUGGAUGUCAAUCAUGUAAUUACCCAGGCCUUAAGGAGAAAGCGCCAGGCGGAUGACAGUGUCUCUCGCCACACCCUGAAUGUAGACAUCACCAGUCCUACAUUCACUGAUGCGAACCUCCGUUAUGCUGCUCGCAGAGAUGGUAUCAGUGCCUCAGUAUCAACCCCGUCAACUGGAUUCAUGGGCCUUCAGCUCAAUGGCAGAGUCCCAUCUCAGAUGAAUGCAAGAGUCUAUGGUCGUUAUCCUUCUGCCCCAGAGGUUGAUGUUGACAUCUUGGUCAUCAAAUCAUCUUCUAAGGAUGCUGAUAAGAUUAACCUACAGAUUGCCUACAACAUGGAGGCACCAAAAUUAAUGCUCUCUGAGCUCAAGAUGAAACUCCCUUCCAUCAUCUCUGCAUUCACAAUGUUUGCUGACAAGUCCCAGAUCACAAUGAAUAUGGGGGAGUUCAAGGACUCUGUUCUCAAGCGAAUCCAAGAGGCCUAUAAUGCUGCUAUCAACUAUGACAAUCAAAUGAGCCAAGUGUCAAUCUUCUUCAGGAACAUCAUUGUAGAGUACCAGAGGACUUUCCAGGUCUUCCUGGAUGCUGUUGUCAAGGUCUUGAAGGAGACCCAGUUCAAAGUGCCUGGAUCUGAUGAGAUGACCACUCUCCCAGAGGUCCUGAAGAAACUGACCACAAGCAUUUCUGCUAUGCUAGAUUCAACCGUUCGUACUAUCUAUGAAAAUAUGGAAGCCUACUAUGACACCUUUAUUGAGAAGAUCAGCAAUAUUAAACUACGAAUGCCACUUGGUGAUGCAAUUACUUGUGGUCAGAUCUUGGAUCAGAUCAAAACAACUUCCAGGAAUGUAUUCGAUGAACUGGUGGACUUUGUGAAAAAUAUGGAGAGUCUUGACACAAUGCUGGUGAAGAUUGGUGAGACCCUGAAGGCCAUUGUUGAGAAAUCUCAGGAGUUUGUUGACUCCAUCAAGUCUGACUAUUUAGAUGCAGUGUUCAUCAAUAUUAAUGUCCUCUAUCGUAACAUUUUCACAUCCAUGAUGGAUGUUAUUGAGUAUAUUUAUUCAAUAAGUAUGGAGGGGAUCCAAAAUAUACUUGAGGACAAAAUGAACAUGCUCAUUAAUGCUGUGGACCAGUUCAAUAACACUGUUUAUGGUUUCCUGCAGCAGGCUUCAGAGGAGACUCAAGCCUAUAUUAAAAUUAGUGAAGGAAGGCUUGAGCUUGAUCUUCCAUUUUCCCUCCAAAAGAUGUGAACCCUCCCAGACAGAGGCCUAAGUACAUAUGAAACACUACCAUCUGUUUAGAACACAUGCUUGGAAGGAGUUUGGGAAAUUAACUCUUUAACCAUAUUUAUAACAAUAGGUUUAACAAAAAUACCUGUUGUAUAAUUUUAAUUUAGAUGAUUUAUUGUGUACAUGUCACAUUCAACUGAAAUUCACAUUCCAGUAAAGAGUGAAAAACUUCAAUAAAAUAUAACAAUGCAA